UGUUCAGAAGGAUGCAACGUUUUGGAACGCUAUAUAGAACAACAUACGUCACUGACAUGCAGAAUAAGUAAUCACAUCGGCUCUGUUUGUGGUAUUUCUAUCUGCAACGUUCUAGAAUGUGUUCGUACUGAACGUUGGCCCCUGGUGAAUAACGCCCAGCGCUAAGGAGUAAGUGUAUUUAUAAUUUUCAGAGUGAGCCAAGUCAGCACCAGACGUUCUGCCGGAAGGGUAAGAGCAACAAGGAUGAGAAGGUCUUCUCGUUUGCUUGAGGUGACAGCUUUACUUGUGAUAGGCAUUCUGUGCUUGGUCAUAAUUUUUUCCCCUCCUGAUGAACCCUCUAACCAUGUCCAGAUAAACAGAAUGGAAUCAACCUACCAAAACAGACCUCAGAAACCAACCAGUGAGAGCGCAGGUGUUUUCACCUGGGGCCGUUGUGAAUGGAAUGAGUCUGCCGCCAAUGUGUCAGGGUUUUCCUCUCUGCCUGGUCACAUCCAAAACUUCCUCUUCUAUCGUCACUGCCGCCACUUCCCAAUGCUGCUGGACGUACCUGAUAAAUGUGGAGGCCCUCACAAGUCUGCUGACGUCUUCCUUCUGCUUGUCAUAAAAAGCUCACCUGUGAAUUACGACCGCCGUGAGGUACUACGGAAAACCUGGGCCAACGAGAGACUGCAAAACGGAGUGUGGAUCCGCAGGAUUUUUCUCUCUGGCACCACAGGCACAGGCUUUGAGAAGCGCACUUUGAACAAGCUUUUACGACUGGAGAAUCGUGAGCAUAAUGAUAUCUUGCAGUGGGACUUCAACGACUCCUUCUUCAACCUAACCCUGAAGCAAAUUGUGUUCUUAGAGUGGAUGGACAAGAACUGCCGCCAGGCCAGAUUUCUCUUCAACGGUGACGAUGAUAUCUUCGCCAACACAGAUAACAUGGUGGACUUUCUUCAGAGCCAGAAAAACAAAGAUGGUGACAUGCACCUUUUUGCAGGUCAUCUAAUCCGCUAUGUCGGACCCAUUAGAGAGUCAGGGAGCAAAUACUAUGUCCCAGUCCAGGUUCAAGAGUCAGACUCAUAUCCCCCUUAUUGUGGUGGAGGGGGCUUCCUGCUCUCUGGAUACACAGCUAUGGUCAUUUACAAAAUGUCCCAUACCAUUCCCAUUUUGCCAAUUGACGACGUCUACAUGGGAAUGUGUCUGGAAAAGGCCGGUCUUAGGCCAGAGUCCCAUUUUGGUAUCAGGACUGCUGGACUGCAAGUCCCCUCCCAAAAAGUGGACGCGUACGACCCUUGUUAUUACAGGGAAAUAAUUCUAGUACACAGAUUUCUACCCCAUCAGAUAUAUAUUAUGUGGCAUGGAAUACAUGAACCUAACUUGAAAUGUGGGAAUUUGCAAGGUUCACUGUAACCCUUGAAAUCAGUUGCCUGCUCAGGUUUCUUUUUACAAUCUUUUUUUUGCCAAGCAAUUACUGAGGUGUGCUCUCUCAAAGCAGGAUUUAUUCCUGCUGUAUUCCUGCAGAUGUUUGAACAAUGCCAGAUCUAUUGGCGUAUGCCAGGUUACUGUGGAAUUUGACAGCUGGCACUGUUAUUCAUGUAAAUGAUUGACAAGACAUUGAUUUAUAGGAAACUGUUGUGGUUCACUGCAAAAUAACAAUAUGUUCUUUGUAAAUGUUAUCUUUUUAAAUCAAUAAUCAGAGGAUGAACACCUGUGUGUCUUUCUGUGAAUCUAAUGCUGACUGCAUGUUUAUAGAAUAUAAUUUUUUUAAUCCAUUUGUAUAACAAUUGUGAACAGAUCAGUUUGUCCGAAGCGCCCUAACACAGGUGGGAGACAUCAAAUGAACAGACCAGAGGCAGUGGUUGUGGGUUCCUUUUCUUUUGUAUCAUUUACUAAACGGGUCUUCUUUCGCCCCGACAAGAUAACUCCAGUACAGGGGACGUCCAACGCUGAAACACCAGCGUAACAAAACAUGAACUAAGCUGUUGACCUAAAGGCUGUGGCCAAAAAGGGAAAGCAAAACAAUAAACAGCUACUCCUGUCUUAGACGAUCGUCUACACGUAACAGUUGCAGGAGGAACGCUUCGCUCUACCUAAAACCUGCCUAGGUUAACAGAGAGACAAGGUGCCCAGUCACAGAAGCUUUCUCUGAGGUAGGAAAAACUGACGUCCUCACAGGUCCCCGUCUCUACUCCCAAUCCUCCCCCAGCUCCUCUCCUGGCACACCUAUAUAGAGGAAGACACAAAGCAAUUAGUGGGCCCAGCUGUGUAUUAAUUGGCUUCACACUGAGUACCUUUCCCUUGAGGAGGGUGCUGUCGUUUCGUCUUCAUCUGGCUGGUCGCUGAACUCUCACACAGUGUUGUUGCAAAUUGCGUGUGUGAUUUAUUUGUCUUUAAAUCACGCACACACUUUUAAUUGUCAUUUCGGUCAUUUGUGUGGUAUUAAAAAGAGUUGUAUGAUG